AUGACAGUCAAGGAUCUGAAAGCUCUGUGCAAGCAGAGGUGCUUGAAAGUUUCGGGUAAGAAAGAAGACCUGGUGCAUCGGCUUGUGCAGGUUACAGCAGGUUUGCAGCACUAUUCGACUGCAUCCGAUAGGCCAGGAGAAACUGCUACAGAAGACACCUCACAGAAUGAGGUGGGAUACACACAGGCGCAGCAGGAGCUGAACGUCUUUUCCGUGUCUGACCUGCGUGAUCUCUGUGACGAGAGGGGUCUGACCUCCACCGGGACCAAGGCAGAUCUGGUGCGCCGAUUGACAGUCCAGCAGGCCCAAGAGACUGACCGCGAGGAAUCGAGAAACGCUCAAAUGCAGCCUUUGCAGAGCGGACGGCAGCAACUCAAGAGCCCAGAAGAUAAGUUCCUGCAGGCCAUGAAGUCGGAUUCGCUGGACAUCCACACUCUGGAGGAAAUCUUUCAGGCAGAGAUGCCGAAGCCAGGCGAAAUCGUUACUGGUAUCGUCACCUCUCUUGUCGAGUGGGGAGCCUUCGUUGAACUGGAACGGACCGGCUGGUCGGGUCUCAUCCACAUCUCCGAGCUCAGCGACGUCUUCGUGGACAACAUCGAGGACUACAUCCAGCCUGGCCAACGGGUCGAGGCACUGGUCAUCGAGAGACCUGGAGAUCGACUUGACAGGCUCAGCUUGUCGAUCCGCAGACUCAAGGAAAUCAAGAAGUACGACCCUGACAUCUUAGCUGCAGUGGGCCCGCUGGCGCCCACAGCGAGGCCGGGUGUGGUGCGAGAGGAGGAGUUCAGCCAAUUGCAGGACCGGGUUGCGGCUCUUGAAGCCAUCAUCGUAGAGAUGGGGCACGGUCAGGCGCUGCGAGACGCGCGCUACGAGUCCAGCAAGUCGAAUCGAAAGCCCGCGGUGGCCCCUCUCGCAGAAAUGCUCCAGGGGACCGACACGGAGACGGAGACCCCAAAGUCGCAGGGUGUUCACCGCGAGAAGGCUCAGAUCGACAGCAUCCUGGAAUCCAUCCUUGCUGGCAGCCAGGACCUGGACGGGGAGGACCUGCCCUCCGAGACGUUUGCGAACAGCACCGUCAGCGAAAAAGAUAGGUUAAAGUGGGAUGUCUUCCUUAUGGUCCCCAUGGUCGCUGAGCAGCGUUCGCUGGCUGGCUGUCUCACUGAGAUCUUUCGUGGUGAGCUGCACCUCAUACCGUUCGACAAUGUGGAACGGAGUGCCGUUGCUGUCGCGAUCCGGCCGCUGCUUCUGCGCCUCCGCGAGGCAGAAGCAGCAGAGCUUCCAGAUGCCUGGCGGGCCUUUGAUGCCGCGACGAUGAUGUUGGCAGACCUCACUGCCUUGGAAGAUUGGGGUGGUGAGGUCUUGUCUGAAACCCUGCGAGCGGCUGCAGUGCAAAUUCUGUCGGCUCGUCACGACGUUUUGGAAGCUGUGGUGGACACGCACUUGUCUCGGCUGGCACGUUUUCGUUCUGAUCCGCACGCCUGCUGCAUGGAGCAGCAUCUCAUGACCUGGCGUUUGCUCGAGCGAUCGUGGCACUCCAACUUUGCAGGGUUGGUAAAGGGCUUCCAGCAGGAUUCUGUCCAGGCGCACGCAAGAAGUUGUCACGAGACCUUGCAGGGCUUGGCCAAUGGAGCUCCGGUUGAGGUCUGGGUGUCCAGAUUCGCACGCUGUGUGGAUAUCGAAUUAGCUAUUGACAGUUGCUUACCGAGCUAUGCCAGCCUGGCGACUUCUUGUGCUACCACGUGGCUGAAUCACAGCCUUCCUUUGCUACCCUGGAUUCUUGCAUUCUUGAUUUCACCUACCAAGCAGUUGGAUCUCAUUGUCUUGCAACGUCUCCGCAAUGCGCUGGAGGUCUGCAAAGACAGCCAAGCCCUAGCGCACAUGCGAGAUGCCCUUGUUAAUGCCUGCGCACUUUUGUGUGGUGCCGCUUGGCUCCAAAUGGAGCCAGUGUCAUGGUUAACGUCCCUUCUGCAUGCUAUACACGAGGCAUGCCAGGUGGUUUUGCCAGAAAUUUCGCCAGGGUCUCUGGCGGCUGCGAUGGCCGUGUCUUUCGCCCCUGCACUCGGCGAGUCCAAGGAACAUCCACCGCCUUCGCCGCCUCCUUGGAAAGUGCUUGGAAUCGACUCGCCAGUAGGGGCCCUGGACAUCUCAGACCUGCGCCCGGCCCUGCCUCUGCCCGGCACUUCACAGAACGACAAAGCCCACCUCGCCGAGUCGAUUGGCAGGGCUUUGCAUGGCGAAGUCAAGGGGUGCACGGCUGCAGGUGGCAUAUGGCCCGGAAAGAUCGGGCCUCUUCUGCUCCUCUUCCGGCUCCUACCAGAUGCAGGAGGUGCUCCACUUCUGUGGCAAGCGCGCCUCAUGUCUCUUCGUGCCCUGUGGGGGUUCCGAGUCCAGGAUUCCGAGGAGAUCCAUUUGGAAUACCGCCUUCUGGAUUUCUUUCGAAAUGAAUGUGGCCAUGGACAUUCUCUCCUACGACAUGUCGCAGAGAUCCUCCGAGAAAGCUCUUCGAACGACAGCGGGGAAGUCUUUAAGGCCACGACGCUCAACAUGGCGGCUGCAUCCAGCCUUAACUUCAACUCCAUUUCAAUGCUUUCGCUGUCGGAAUCUCCGCCGGAAUUGUUCUCUGCAUCCCUACCGAUUGUGGAGGCACGCUCUCGCUGGGCGGAGAGUUACCUGUCCAGGUAUCCGAACAGGAAGCUCAGGUGGCGUGUCUGGGGUGCAGCGAAAGUGCUGUGGAGCCAUGCACGGGGACAAACCUUGCUCACAACGACGGAGCUGCAAGCGCACAUCCUGCUGGCACUGGGUCAGGGUGAGGGCUUCUCCCGCAAAGACUUCGAGGAGGCAGCGCUCACCUGGUCUCAAGCCGACAGCCAUGAUCAGGACCUCAAGCUGCAGGCUUGGCGCCUGGCGCUGGCACAGCUUUCAGCACCAGAAGGUCCAGUGGAGCUCGACGGCUCCGAGAGGCUGCGUGUGCGGCCAAGCUGUGGCCGCUCGGCGCUGGACCUCACCGAAGUGCCAGCCUUUUGCACGGAAAAUCACAGACAGGAACCCUCAAGUCCUUCUCGAGAUGCCAGAGCACCUAUCAUUGAUGCGGCGCUGGUGAGGAUACUGAAGUCUUGUCAUGUCUUAUCGGCCGACGAAGUCUUGGCGAAGCUCGCGGCAUACCCCGAAAGCCUCGCUUUGCCGGAGAAGCUGCCCAGUACGGCCUUCUCGACAGCCAGGAUGGCAGCUCAGGAUGCUGCAGAGUCCUUCGGCCGCCUCUCCUCGCUGUGCGAUCGUGGCAUCCUGCGAAUGGAGCGCCUGGACGGUGAGACAACAGGCGAACGCACACGUGUGCAGAACGGCUGGGGACCGGGGUCCUCCCUUUGUGGGACGGGGGUGUUACAUGUCUGUCUCUGA